AGAAAAACUGAUAUUUUUUUACUUAAUCUGGCUAUUUAUUAGCAAUAAAUUGUAUGCUACGUUUCGACCACAAAUUCAGGUCCUCUUCAGGCAAUUGGUCUGUGCUUAGCUUUCGAAGUUUUUUGUUGCAUUUUGGCAGCAACAAUCUAAUCAACUGUGUACAAAGGAACGCAAUGAAAGAUACAUUAAUUUUUAUGUGUGUGAUAAGUUAACGGUGUACAUAAAAUUAUAGUCAAUAAAAUUUGUCGCAAGGAAUAAAUUAAAACUUACAUGCUUCGAUGAGUUUCAUAACAUAUAAAAUUCUUAGUAAACCAAAGACAAUCAAGAUGACAGUUGCUACUUUAAAACUAAAACACGUCCGCUCGGCAUGGCAACAAACAAAGCAAUGAUAGACAAGUAUUAUAUCAACUUUGAACGAGUCGUUAUUAUAAAAAAAUGUAAAUUUUAAGUUUAAACUUUUAAAUUUUAACAUAUAAUUAUGUGCAUAAAUAUUUUGUCAAGAGAUAUACAUUUCUGUUUUAAUCUUGUCUUACUUGCGUAUCCUUAUUUUUUUAUUAUUCAAAAUCUAUGGAAAAAUAAAAACCAUUUCGGCAAUAAGGUAAAAUAAAACCAGAAAAUAUUUAUCAAAAUUAAUAAAAUAAGUAUAUUCUUAAAUAUUUUAUUUUACCCUUAAAACAACAUAACUGUUUGUACCGGAGGUAAAUAAAAGAGCAUGAAGGAAGAAUUAUUAAAAAAUUAAAUAAAAAAUCAAUUUUCCAUGCGGUAAAGGCAUAUCAAACUAUUACAUUUAAAAAUUAGAAGAAUAAAUACAUUAUGCUCGGAGUGUUUUGCUAUAUAAAAUUGGCUAAGAAUGAUAGAAGAUUUCGGUUUCGUUCGUGACCUAUGAGAGAUAAGCAGCGGCUGAAAAAUUUUUUGCUGAAAAGUGACUAAUAAAAUUGCGCAGAGCGUUAAACGCUCUUUGUCGAGCGAUUGAGAGGCAAGUGGUUGCGACGCCACAUUCGGCAUUUUACUAUGUCAGUAGAGAACGAGCUCAAGUGCGCAAUCUUUCCUAUAACAGGCGCCUCCUGCCUGGACUACUUGGGCCUCGGCCAUAAAAUCAAUCGAGGUGAAUAUCAGUUGAAGAACAAAUACAAGGCAGAAUGCAAACUCGACAGAUUCUAGGUGUAUGCCAUCGCAUGGUGGAACUAGUUGUGAGAGGACUAUCACUGUUAGUUGCCUAUAUCAGAGGGCCGGCAGCAUCUCAACCGCCUAUCAAAGAUUUAACUCUCCUACACAGCACAACCACUUUAGCUUUAAAAAUUCGAAACAGACAAUUAACUUCGGAAGAUGUGGUAUCUUCGUACAUAGAAAGAAUAAAAGAGAUCCAACCGAUACUCAACUGUGUAGUUGCGGAACGCUUUGAUGAAGCUCUUAAAGAAGCGAAAAAAUGCGACGAACUGUUAAAAUCUCAGGAUGCCCCAUCCGUGGAGUUUCUGGCCAAAGAGAAACCAUUAUUCGGCAUACCUUUUACCACCAAGGAUUGUAUCGCGAUCGAAAACAUGCAGCAAACAGCCGGGCUUGUUGCACGUAAGAAUACUGUCGUUGAUAAAGACGCAGAAGUGAUAAAAUUAUUAAGGUCAGCUGGAGCCAUACCUCUGGCCUUGACAAAUGUCUCAGAACUAGCUAUGUGGUGGGAAAGCAGCAAUUGUCUAUUUGGUAUUACUAAAAACCCUUACAAUACAAGACAUAUUGUAGGCGGUUCUUCGGGUGGUGAAGGUUGUUUACAAGCAGCAGCUGGAGCACCAUUUGGAAUUGGCUCAGAUAUUGGUGGCUCUAUUCGUAUGCCAGCAUUCUUCAAUGGAAUUUUUGGCCAUAAGCCAUCUAAGGGAAUUGUCUCGAAUGAUGGCCAAUACCCUAGUGCACAUAGUUUCGACCAAGAUCAAUUACUUGGCAUUGGACCAAUGUGUAGAUAUGCGCAAGAUUUGUUGUUAAUUUUUAAAAUUAUUGCAGACAAAAAUACUGAUUUAUUGAAAUUAAAUCAGAAAGUAGACAUUUCGCGAAUCAAGAUUUAUUAUAUGGAAGAUGAUGGUGGUCAAUACCUAAUUUCACCAGUGGACCCAGAAAUAAAAGCUGCUAUGAAAAGAGUGGUGGAUUAUUUUGAAAAAGCGCACAAAGUUAAAGCCGUGAAAUUAAAUGUCAAAAUGUUAAAAAAGAGCGUAGCCCUCUGGUUAGCGAACAUGGCAUGCAAAGACGAAAAAGACUUUUCAUACGAACUGACCAAUAGGAAAGGUCAACUUAAUAUCUGGUUAGAAUGCAUUAAAUGGAUGUUAUUUCUGAGCAAUCAUACCUUUGUCGCUCUUCUCACUGCCAUGUUCGAAAAAUUCGGCUUAAAACAUGGGAGUGAGAAACAUGUUCGACUUAUUCAACAGAGUAAAGAUCUUUUUCAACAAUUUAAGGAUAUUUUAGGAGAGGAUGGUGUAUUUUUGUAUCCAACACAUCCCACUGCAGCUCCAAUGCACCAUGAACCAUUAUGCAAACCGUUUAAUUUUUCUUACACUGCAAUCAUUAAUGUGUUGGGCCUACCAGCUACAGCUUGUCCAUUAGGUUUAAAUAAACAAGGGCUUCCUAUUGGAAUACAGGUCGUAGCAGGACUUUAUCAAGACCAUUUGACGUUCGCUGUUGCGGAAGAAUUGGAACGAGGUUUCGGAGGCUGGGUACCACCAGCAAUAGUAGCUUGACGUCAAUACUAUCAUAGACAAUAAUUCUAUGAAUGACACACAUAAAGCCUCAUCUUACCAAACCCUGCCAUCUUUUUCUUGCAAAGUAUUGUAUUCAAGAUUUUCAUUCAAACACUAUCGAGGUAAAGUACAAAUUAUAUACGGAUAUGUAUAUGAUAAAUGUAUAUAUAUGUGUGUGUGUGUAUAUAUUAUAUAUAUAUAUAUAUAUAUAUAUAUAUGUACACUUGACAUGCAUUUACUAUAAAAUUUCUUACAAAUAUUUCAUAUUUCAUAAGUUUCAUAAUGUAUAAGUUUAUAUGAUAUGAUUAUGUUGUGAUUCUUGCAUUUAUAAAAUUCCAAAAAAUUGAUAUUUAAACAAAGAGAAUGUGUAUCAAUUUUGUGAGCAAGUAUUGCUUAUCAGGACUCCUUAAAAUAAUACAAUGAUAUUGUGAUCAAUAUUAAUAUAAUUAAUUGUACCUACGAUAUUAUUUAAUUCAACAUAAAAUAAAAUAAUCAUGUGUACAUACACUCUUUCUCUUAUAGGAAAAAUAAAAUUUAAUUCCCAAAAUGAGACAUUAAAUAUUUGUAUAACACAGAAAAUGUCUAUAUAAUAAUAUUCAAUUUUAUGUUGAAUUCCAGUAUUUAUAUCUCAGAUUUCUAUGUAGAAUUUUCUAUUUUCAUACAUAAUGUAUAUGAACUCAGAUGGUAGCAGGGUGUUUCUGGUAACAUGUGAUAAGACAUUCGAUGUUAUUUAAGACGUGUAUUGAUGUUGAGAAUUUAUACAGAUAUAUUUUAUCUACCGAAAGAAAUAAAUUUUUAUUAUAUUA